UAGCUCUCUUCCUCUCCGUGGGUGAACAAGGUGCGGGGGUGAGUCCUCGUUGCCGUCUGAGUACCGGUGUGCCCCUCCGCAGCCUCCGACCGGACCCGCUCCACACCCGGGCCCGAACUGGCGCGUCUGUAGCGAGCUGCCCUCACCCAACAUGGCGGAGGGAGGGCCUCAUGACGGCUUUCCAGGCCAUGCGGCAGGACGUUGUACGCACGUACAGGAACUGAUUAGAGGCUACGCAUGCGCAGUGCUGGUAAAAGUUUGCACUUUAGUCUGGGAGUGAGUGUGCGGGCAGAGGCUGGGGUUCACCACCAGGAUCCAGCCAGUGUGAUGGAGAGAUCUCAGUAGUUGGCUACAUGUGCCAUUGAAGAACUAGUCCUCUCCCAGAAUCCAUUGCAGCAGACCUAUAAGGGGUUGAAGGGGGAAAACGACUUUAGCGGCAGGUAUGGAGUCCGGCGAUAGCAGCACCGAAUGCGGCACCACUAGUGUUGAGGAGGACUCCUAUUCCGAGACAGACCUUGAAGAAGAUCAUGGAAAUACAACAAGCCAAGAAAAGACCAAGUUCUUCUGCCCCGAGUGUGGGAAGAGCUUCAUUUCCAACUCUCUGCUCACCAUCCACCAGAGGAUUCAUACGGGGGAGCGGCCUUAUGAGUGUUCAGAGUGCGGCAAACGCUUCACUCAAAAGCAGCACCUGCAGGUCCACCAGCGCACCCACACUGGGGUGAAGCCGUACCAGUGUGACGAGUGCGGGAAAAGAUUUGCGACGUCCACAAGCCUCUCGGCGCACGAGAAGUUACACACGGGAGAAAGGCCGUUCCAGUGCUCUGAAUGCGGCAAAGGUUUCACCAUGAAGUACGUGCUCCGCAGGCACGAGAUGACCCACACAGGGGCCAAGCCAUUCCCUUGUUCCGAAUGUGGCAAAAGCUUCCCGACCAUGCCUAGACUACGACACCACCAGUUGACCCACACCGGAGAAAAGCCCUAUGAAUGUCCAGAGUGCGGGAGACGCUUCUCCACCAACUCGCACCUCUACAGCCACAAGGCCACCCACACCGGAGAAAAGCCCUUUAAAUGCUCUGAAUGUGGGAGAGGGUUCGCCCGCAGGAGCCACCUACGGGGCCACCAAAGGGUCCACACUGGAGAGAGGCCGUUCGCCUGCAGCGAGUGCGACAAGCGGUUCGCCGUAAAAAAUCAACUCCUCAAGCACGAAAAAACGCACACGGGCGAAGCGAAGAGCAAGCCCUCCAGGAACGACGAGGAAAACGACAUCUUCGAGAGAGUUCUUGACGGUAAAAGAGCGUUUGAGUGCUCCGAAUGCGACAAGCACUUCUUUCACAAGAGUCACCUGAAACAGCACAAGAAGACUCACACCGGCGAGAAAGCCUUCCAGUGCCAAGAAUGCGAGAAGCGGUUCACGCAGAAGGCGGCCAUGGUCAACCACGUGCAGAGGAAGCACGGCAACGAGAAGACCUUCCAUUGCUCGGAAUGCAACAAGGCCUUCUUCCUGAAGGAAGAGCUGAAAAAGCAUGAAAAGACUCACACUGGGGAGAAACCUUUCUCCUGCUCCGAGUGCAGCAAAGGAUUCAGAGACAAAGGCCGUUUGGUGGUCCAUCAACGCAGCCACACCGGCGAGAAGCCAUUUUCCUGCCCUGUGUGCGGGAAAUGCUUUGGCGACAACGGAAACCUCACCCGACAUCAGAAGAUCCACGCGGGUCAUAAACCGUUCUCGUGUUCCGAGUGCGGGAAAGCCUUCCUCCGCAACGCUCAGCUUCUCUCCCAUCAGAGGUCCCACACGGGUGAGAAGCCCUACACGUGCUCGGAAUGCGGCGAGGGCUACAAAGAUAGGAGCGUCCUGGCCCAGCACCAGAAAAACCACACCGGGAACAAACCGUUUGCCUGCUCCGAAUGCGGGAAGUGCUUCUCCAUCAACUCCGAACUGACGAGACAUAAGAUGACCCACAGCGACGAGAGGCCGUUUUCCUGCUCGGAGUGCGGCAAAUGUUUUAGAGACAAGAAGAGCCUGGUCUUGCACCAUCGGAGCCACACGGGGGAAAAGCCGUACGAGUGUCGGGAGUGCGGGAAAUGUUUCAGCUGCAACGGGAACCUUAGAGUUCACGAGCGGAUACACACGGGCGAAAAGCCCUACGCUUGCCAGGACUGUGAGCUGUCCUUUACUUCUGCCUCCGGGUUGGUGGCUCAUCGGAAAGUCCGCCACUCAAGUGCUAAAAAUGGAUCUAAAGCCUAGGGGAGGACUCUUCUUUUUUAUUUUUAUUUUAUUCUCAGAUGCCAAUAACAGUUUCAGACAAAGGGGCUUUAGACGGCAAUAUAACAAGAUCAAGAAGUAUGAAAUGGAUAACAAAAGCAUUACCGUAUUUAUCGGGGUAAAGCGCGCACCGCCGUAUAGCGCGCACCCCAAACCUAGAAGGGAAUUUUAGGG